CCGAUUUUCAUCUCCUUACGAUCAUCGGAUAUUGCUCUUUGAGUCUUUGACGGUCUCCCUCUCCUCGACGUUUACCGGAAUCUAUGUCGUUGAAGUUUGAAUGCUCUUCCUUAUCAGAAAACGAACGCUAGAGCUAGAUCUCAGGGGUUUCUACUUCUCCGAGAAUGUCUUACCUUACAUGUACCAGAUUGACGACAUGGACCCUGGCUGCGGUUCUUCUGCAAAUCUUCGGUCUCUCAUUUUUCCUCUAUGGGUUUUUUCCCGUAAAACCAGCUCUUUCAGGCGUCAGCGGUCCGGAGAGCUAUCGUUCUCCGAUGUGUGAACCCGUCAAAGAUCUCGAGGAGAAGAUAUUGCCUCCUGAUCGGCUAAGAUCUUUAUACAAGGAGAUGUCUGGAAUCCCCCUUUCAUUCGAUAGAUUGAUACUAAUGGUUGUUGACGGUCUUCCAGCAGAAUUUGUUUUGGGAAAGGGUGACCAGCCUCCAACCAAGGUAAUGUUGGAAGCUAUGCCAUAUACUCAGUCAUUGUUAUCAAGUGGAAUGGCAGUUGGUUAUCAUGCGAAGGCAGCACCGCCAACUGUUACUAUGCCUCGCUUAAAGGCUAUUGUUUCAGGGGCAAUUGGGGGAUUUUUAGAUGUGGCAUUCAAUUUUAAUACACAAGCUCUUUUAGAUGACAAUAUUGUUGGUCAGUUUUAUAAUAUUAGUUGGAAAAUGGUGAUGCAUGGUGAUGAAACAUGGCUUAAGUUGUUUCCAGGAUUUUUUACACGGCAUGACGGAGUUAGCAGUUUCUAUGUGAAGGAUACUAUAGAAGUGGAUCACAAUGUUUCUCGUCAUUUGAAAACUGAACUAAUCGCUGAUGACUGGAACCUUCUGAUUCUUCACUAUCUAGGCUUGGAUCAUGUUGGGCAUAUUGGUGGGCGCAAUAGUAUCUUGAUGAGCCCAAAACUGAAGGAGAUGGAUGAAGUUGUUAAAAUGAUUCACAUGAACAAAAUCCUGCCUCAAGACGAUCCUCAUGGACAAACACUUCUGGUUUUAGUCAGUGAUCAUGGCAUGACUGGAAAUGGGAAUCAUGGAGGGUCCUCAUAUGAUGAAACCGACUCCUUAGCAGUUUUCAUUGGUCUACGUUCUAAGGUUCCAGAUUAUGCAUCAGCAACAAAUAAUGCAGCUUUCCAGGUUGAUAUAGCACCAACUUUGGCUCUUCUUUUUGGUGUGCCUAUUCCAAAAAACAACAUAGGUGUCUUGAUUGAAGGAACUUUUGCCUCCUUGACAGAUGACCAGUGGUUGAGAGCUUUGGAGUUGAAUUCCUGGCAAUUAUUAAGAUUGCUGCAAGCACAACUACCUCAUUUAUCCCAGGGUUUGCCAUGUAAAGAUCCUACUGUUGAGCAAUACUCUCAAAUCAGUAAAUGUAGUGGAAGUGCAGAGCUGAAGUUUCGUUGCCUAAUUUCAAAUGCUGCAGCUCUCCAUGAUGCCUGGAGAUUGAAUGGAGCUAGAGGUUUCAGAAAUAAUAGCAGGGAUGAUUUUAGAGGAACUGUUGCAGCAUAUUAUGAAUUUUUAAGGACUGCAAGUGAGUGGUUAUCACGCAGAGCCACCGAUAAGCCUCUUGACUUGCUUGCUUUCGGAGUUAUAACUAUGUUUGUAUCAUGUUUGAUACUGUUCUGGUUAUGCAAAGAAGUUUACAAUAAACAAAAGCAAUGCUUUCCAAACUUAUACAGAAGUAACUAUACAAUGCAUUCGGAUGAGAGUUUUGUUUCGAUAGCAAUCUUGAUCUAUAUUUUCAGUAUGGGGUCAAGUUCUAUAGUAGAAGAAGAGCAAUACAUAUGGCAUUUUAUGACAUCAACUUUGUAUUUGAUAUUCUUCCGGAGGAGUAUCCAAUCCCUUCCAGCAGGACAAACACCAAAUUUACUUAAUGUAUCCAAUGGCCAAAAAUGCAGCAAUUAUUCCCACACAUGCUCCAUAAUUUUUGUUCUCAUCUGUGGAAGGGUCUUGAGAGGGUGGCAUCAAGGUGGUGUGAAUUGGACGCAUCUUCCUGACAUUUCAAAGUGGCUUGAGCAGGCAGGCCUUCAUAGCAUAAUAUACAUCCAGAUUGCUUCAGUGGUGCUUGUUAUCAGCUUGGGGUCAUGGGCUCUUUACUUGUUAAGACCAAAAAGUGCUUUUGUUCCGGUGGUUCACAUCAGUUUUGUUAUAUCUGGAAUAUUAGUACUGCUUCACAACAUAGAACAUCAGGAGCAUACAUUGAUAACAUCCAACUAUAGCACAACUUCUAUAGCUCAGAUAAUUUAUGCAACUAUUAGUAUGUCAGUGAUAACAAUCGUCAUUGCCUCACCAUGGUUAAUGCCUAUUUCACUCUAUAAGACUCGCUCAACUAGCAGGUUCCAUUUGAUGAGUUCUCAUUCAAUUGACAUUCAUAAAAGGACUCCUGAGUUGGGGUUAAGAGGUGCUGCAUAUUUGAUAGGAUGGACAUAUAUUGUGUUUUGGUGUCUUAUUCAACUGCUAUUGCAAAAGCCAAUAAAUGCGGUGCCAAUAAUAUUAGUUCUCUUGCAAAUCCUGGCCAGUAUGUAUUACUUUUCAAUGCCUGAGCUUCACCAUAAACAGUGGGUUGAGGUUGCUGCCUUCUACUUUUUAGGGAUGGCUGGCCAUUUUGGGCUUGGAAACAGCAAUACUCUAGCUACUAUUGAUGUUGCUGGAGCCUUCAUUGGUGUCUCCAGUCACUCUACAUUACUUGCAGGUAUCAUAAUGUUUGUUAUUACCUAUGCAUCACCACUGUUGAUUUUUCUUAGCAUGGUGAUGCUUAUAUCCAUGAAGGACACGAGUUAUAUAUUAGAUUCACAGAAUGCGGAAAUGGGGCAUCUUCUCCAAAUGAUGAUUGGUUUUCCUUGUCUUGUUCCAUUGUGCUUGAAUUCAAUUAUGCUGACUACGUUCACCAUCAUUUUGUUGCUAAUGAGAAACCAUUUGUUUGUGUGGAGUGUAUUUUCACCAAAGUACCUGUAUGUCUGUGCUACGACUGUAAGUGUCUACGUUGGGGUCUCCGUAGUUGCUGUAACUGCAGUUUAUUUGUGUAAUGUGUUUGUUUUCCGGGAAAGGAUGUUCAAUCCCAAGGGAAACAAUAGACAGACAAACCAAUGGUGACAAUAUAUCAAAACUGUCAUGCAAACAAAGAAUGAAUGCUUGUUUCGUAAGAAGGUGCCAUAUCUGGCUCUCUGGUGAAGCGUACAAAGUUUUCCAUAAGGAGCUCUAACACCGUUCCGCCUAUUGCAGCAAGACAGGAGUAGAAAAACUGGAGAAGGUGUUAGCUAUCGAGUUGGGACUCAAUCCCGCCUUCAUUCACCAGAGGUUUGGGGGAGCGCUGCCCAUCUUUUCACAAAGUAAAAGGGGAGUAGAGAAACUGGUUAAUAUUUUGAUAAGUGAGAAUAUAGUCAUUCGCAUUGUAGAUAGAUGGUAUGUUGUUAAAAGGAAAACAUAGAUCAAUUUCCCAUGUACUUCAACUAGGAGAUUUUUGAACUUUUCUUCUUGAUAACUUCGAAAAUUAUGUAAUAGUGUGAUUUAUGAUGCCCUCAACAUGUUAAAGAGAGUCGUCUUUGCUUUCAAUGAGAAAGUGAAACACAGUUUUUUUUUUUUUUCAGACAAAAUUGUUUUGUUUCUAGCGUCAUCAUAUUUACCUCCAUCACCACCACCAUAAAACAAAGGUUUUAGAAUAUUGAUCUCGUGUUUCUGGGAUUCCAA